AUGGCCCCCACCCUCCCCGCCCUGCUCUGCCUCGGGCUGAGUGUGGGCCUGAGGACCCAGGUGCAGGCUGGGGCUCCCCCCAAACCCACCAUCUGGGCUGAGCCGGGCUCUGUGGUCCCCUGGGGGAGCCCCGUGACCAUCUGGUGUCAGGGGCCCCUAGAGGCCCAGGAGUUCCAUCUGGAUAAAGAGGGAAGCUCAGUCCCCUGGGACAGACAGAAACCCCUGGAGCCCGGGGACAAGGCCAAGUUCUCCAUCUCACUGAUGACUGAGCAGCACACAGGGCGCUAUUGGUGCUACUAUCUCAGGGGAAUUCGCUGGUCAGAGCUCAGUGACCCCCUGGAGCUGGUGGUGACAGGACCUUACAACAAACCCAGCCUCUCAGCCCUGCCGAGCCCUGUGGUGACCUCAGGAGGGAACGUGACCCUGCAGUGUGGCUCCCACUGGGGAUUUAACAGGUUCCUUCUGACCAAGGAAGGAGAAAAUGAGUCCUCUCAGGCCCUGGAUGGACAGCGGAGCCCGAACGGGCAGACCCAGGCCCUGUUCCCCGUGGGCCCCGUGAGCCCCGGACACGGGUGGACAUUCAGAUGCUAUGGCUUUAACAGGGACACCCCCCAGGUGUGGUCGGCCCCCAGCGACCCCCUGGAGCUCCUGGUCUCAGGGCUGUCUGGGAAGCCAUCCCUCCUGACCCCGCAGGGCCCUGUCGUCACCUCUGGACAGAACCUGACCCUUCAGUGUCGCUCUGACAUGGACUACGCCAGAUUCGCUCUGUCCAAGGAGGGGGGACAGAACCUCCCCCAGCGACCUGCCCGGAGGGUCCAGGGGGGGCUCUCUCAGGCCAACUUCCCCCUGGGCCCGGUGGGCACCGUCCAUGGGGGCCGGUACAGAUGCUACGGUGGACACAGCCUCUCCUCUGAAUGGUCGGCCCCCAGUGACCCCCUGGAGCUCCUGGUGGCAGGAUGGCUCAGAGACAGACCCUCCCUCUCAGCACGGCCGGGCCCCUCGGUGGCCCCGGGGGAGAACGUGACCCUGCUGUGUCAGUCAGGAGACGGGACGGACACCUUCCUUCUGUCCCAGGAGGGGGCAGCCCAUCGCCCCCUGCGUCUGCGCUCAACGUACCAAGACGGGCGGUUCCAGGCCGAGUUCUCUUUGAGUCCUGUGAGCUCGGCCCACAGGGGCACCUACAGGUGCUACAGCUCACAGAGCGCCGCCCCACACCUGCUGUCGCUCCCCAGUGACCCCCUGGAGCUCCUGGUCUCAGGCCUCACCUGGUACCUGAGUGUCCUCAUCGGGGCCUCGGUGACCUUCGUCCUGCUGCUCCUGGUCCUCCUCUUCCUCCGGCACCGGGGUCGGGACAGACGCAGGAAGUCAGCAGCCGCAGCGUCAGUGCUUGAGGACAGAGGCCGGCAGAAGAGCUCCAGCCCCGCUGCUGACGCCCCGGAGGAGAGCUUGUACUGUGCCGUCACGGAAGACGCACGGCUGGAGCACAGCAGAGCGCGGGCCAGCCAGGCUGCCACACCUGAAGCCCCCCAGGAUGUGACCUAUGCCCAACUGGACCACUCAAUCAGACAGGGGGAAACCGCACCCUCCAACCAGCAGCCGGGGGAGCGCCCAGCAGAGCCCAGUGUGUACACCACUCUCGCCUUGCACUAG